GGUAACUGCACAUAUCGCCCUAUAUAAUCAACCACAACGCGUUUUAUUAGUAAUAGAUCAUGGAUCUGGCUGCAGUCCUCUCGCGGGCCCCUCAGGGGACGCGUCUCAUGGAAGCGCGCAUUCUCAAUCCAGAGGCCUUGCUACCAGCCUCGUCCUACUCAAAACACGGCCAGAAGACUGCUAAUCGUCGUUCUAUCGCGUAUCAUCUCCUUAUGCUUGGCGUCCCUAUCCCAGAGGUCAUCAUCCGUUCGCGCGCGAGCCGCUCUACCGUGUACGACAUCCAUCAAUGCCUCAUGAAAUAUGGUACAAUUACGCACCCAAGAACGCGUCGAUUAGGGCGUCCUCCUAGGCUCACCCCAGCAGACCGGGAGGCUUUAUUUAAUGAGCUCGUCGCGCAUGGCUGGAUGUACCAGGAUGAGAUGAAGUGGUGGUUGUACGCAGAGCGCGGGGUGCUCAUUAAUUGAUCAAAUAUCUCUAAGAUGCUAAAAAAGAAGGGCUGGAACAAGAGGGCUAUUAAACUGCUGUUAGUUAAGCGCAGUAAGGACCUUUGCAAUAACUAUUAUUGUAUUAUAAUAAACUAUACAGCAG